UACGACCAACGAUCAACGACUCAUUGUAGACUGGGCUUUAGUGCCGGUUAUUUCAAUGCUAUGGGCAUACUCGAGUACCUAGAGAAAAAGAAAGUGAAGAUAUCGAGUACGAAAAGUGCAAGUAACGCGAACAGCCCGAUAAGAGAAAUGUCCAAUUCUCUCGUGCAUAAAAGCUUAGAAUUGUUGGGUUACGAGAAAGAAGGAUUACGAACUGAACAAAAGAAGAAAAAGAAGAAACGUAAAAAUAUCAGAUAUAAAGGAGUCUUGGAUUUAAUUCCUAUUAAACACAGAAUCAUUCCUAAAAAUAAUAACACAGGUAUUGAUACUAUUUUGAGCCGAUCCAGCAAAACUACAGUUUACGAAACUCAAAAACGUUUAGGAGCUCAAAAAGAUCCUACUGACGAAAAUGUACAAAGACUUCUUUUACUUAGCAGUAAUCGAAUAAAUUCUGGAACAGCAAAUAAUCUAUUGCAACGUGCUGUAGGAGAGAAAUACAUUCAAGACCAACAAAAAUCCAAGGAAUUGGAACAAACAGCUUUUACAGAAGGAGACUUUGAAAAAUUUGAACAAGAAUAUGUGGAAUAUUAAGUGGCAUUAAAUUAUAAAUAAAGCAAUGGGAUAAAAUUAAAAUAGAAAA